UUUCGCACUGAAAGCAACAACUAGUGCGUCAGAGAGAAGUAGUGAUUAUAGCUUGUUGAAUCAAAAGUUGGAGUAGUGCAGUUUUCAGUUCCUAUUUUUGUCACCUGUUCUUACGAGAGAACACUACAUAAAAAGGAAAACUGGUUCUAUGUUGCCAGUGUUUCACCUUGGAUUCCAAGAGAUUUAUUACACCAUGAUCAGCAUCACUAUUUUCAGCUCAUUCUUUGGCCUUUUUAUUGCAUUCGCUUCUGCAGGAACGAUUCCUAACUCACAAGCGGAGGAUACAGAAAAUAUACAAAAAUUAGCCAUAGCCAACAAUGAGUUGGCUUUUAAUCUUCAUCGGAAACUUGUCUCUAAUUCUUCAAAGAACGUAUUCUUCUCACCUCUGAGUAUCUCCACAGCUUUUGGUAUGCUAUUUCGUGGAGCCAGAGGAGACACAGCCGAGGAACUAAGAAACGUUCUGGGCUACGACAAAGCAGAUUUACCGAGUGAUCUCGUCCAAGACACGUUCAACCGUUUCUUAAGCGGAGCUUUAGACACCACAGAUUCCUCUGCUGGAUAUGUUUUAAAGGCCGCCAAUGCUAUUUUCAUCGAUAAGUUCUUCGAAUUACUUGAGGAUUACAGAGACGACGUUGCAAAAUUUUACAAAGCUGCUGUAAGGAAUGUGAAUUUCUCAACAGAUGCUACCGAAAUAGUGGAAGAAAUCAACAGUUGGGUCAGGGAAAAGACUAAUGGCAAGAUAGAUAAACUUUUCGAUGAUCUGAGUCCAUCGACUUUAAUGGUUUUGCUGAAUGCUGUUUACUUUAAAGGGACAUGGCAUGUUCAGUUCAAUCCUGAAGAAACAACAGAAGAAAUCUUUCUCAAUAACGGUCUGGAAUCAGAAGCAAAAAAGGUACCACUUAUGCACUUGACAUCCUAUUUCCUGAGUGAUUCCACGGAUGAUUACCACGCACUAGAGUUGCCUUACAAAGGAGGAAAUGUCAGCAUGCUCAUCCUGUUGCCGAAUGAACCAGAUGGUCUCCACGCUCUUGAAGACAGUCUGACACCAGAAAAAUUGGCCGAUAUCCAAGAAAAAUUGGAGCGAACCAAGAUAGAUGUCUCUUUGCCAAAAUUCAAACUAGAUUUCGAGGAGGAACUCUCCGAUGAAAUGCAUGCUCUUGGCGCCAAUCAGAUCUUUAAAGGAGAUGCUGACUUUUCUGGAAUGACUAAAUGUGAUGGCGCAUUCGUCAGUGAAAUUCGCCACAAGGCAAUCAUCGAAGUGAACGAAGAAGGGAGCGAAGCAGCUGCUGUGACAGGGGUCAUCAUAGACAGAAUGAAAUCUCCACAUUUCAGAGCAGAUCAUCCAUUCUUUUUUGCCAUUGUGGAGAAGAGUAGCAACAUGAUAUUAUUCAUGGGACAUGUGAAUAACUUGUAAAAUUGAUAUCGUGGAAAUAAAUUUCAUUUCCAUUUCA